GGUGGUUAUUGUUACAAAAGACUUAACCCAAAUACGUAUGAACCUUUUAGAAAUGCACAUCUGUGGUGCAAAUCCAGCUACUUACAGGUGCAACAGAUUCCCCCAGCUUUGUGUUAGUCUAGCUGGGGGGAAAAAUGAGGGAGGAAACAGACUGUUCUGUCACAUCUGUGCAGUCCUAGUGACAUCAGUGGGGCUGCCACAGCAUGACUAAAAGUACUGUUUAGCUCAAAGUGUAUAAAUCAUUUAAUUUUUAAAACCAUUGCAUAACUUCCUGUGCUUAUCUUAUAGCAGUUGCCAAUUUGCAUAGCACAUUUGCUAUUUUAAAAAUACAGUGACUCAGAUGGUAGCUUUCCCACUGUUUUAGAACGUUCUUUAGGUUAGUCUCAUGCCAAGAACUGAGCUCCUGCCCCAGACUUUCACUGUAACAGAUACCAAGAGGGAAGGGGUACUGCUCAGUGAGAGCAAUCCUCCUGCAGCUGGGAUGUGAAAGCGGCAGGCUUCCAGCCAGGUUCUGGCUGCUGAACACAUGUAUGUUUUCAGUGGUACCUCAAGCAAGGUCUCCGACACAACGAGCAGUAAUACCCAGGACUUCCACAAUAUAAAGCAAUCAAGCAACCAUAUCCUGGAAGAUUUACUACAAAUUGAAUUGCCAAGAAUGAUUUACACAAAGCCACAGAUUCUAAAGCCACCGAGAUGUGACGUCCUUAUGAUGACUCCGUGGUUUGCUCCAAUAGUUUGGGAAGGGACCUAUAACUCCGAGAUACUGAAUGAGCAGUUCCGACAAAGGAAUGACACUGUUGGACUGACAGUGUUUGCUAUCAAAAAGUAUGUAGUCUUCCUCAAGACAUUUUUAGAAACUGCAGAGACUUACUUUAUGGUUGGACAUAGGGUGAACUAUUACAUUUUCACAGACAGACCAGAAGAAGUUCCUAAAGUUGCCCUCAAAGAAGGAAGGAACAUAGUGGUUCUGCAAGUUCAAAACUACCCUAGGUGGCAAGAAAUCUCUAUGCGACGAAUGGAAAUGCUCAGCUACUUCUCUCAGCAGCGGUUCAUUAAUGAGGUCAGCUACCUUGUGUGUAUGGAUGUAGACAUGAAGUUUAAUGACCAAGUUGGAGUGGAGAUCCUGAGCGACUUGUUUGGCACACUACACCCAGCUUUCUACGCUGCAGAGCGUCGGUCUUUCACCUAUGAACGUCGACCUGCUUCUCAAGCUUAUGUGCCCAGUGAUGAGGGUGACUUCUACUAUAUGGGAUCCAUUUUUGGAGGAACAGUAAUGGAGGUUUACAAGCUGACCAAGAAAUGCCAUGAAGCCAUCAUGGUGGACAAAGCCAAUGGAAUUGAGGCAAUCUGGCAAGAAGAGAGUCACUUAAACAAGUAUUUUCUUUACCACAAACCAACCAAAAUACUUUCUCCAGAAUACAUGUGGGACGACAAUCUAGGUAGGCCAGAGAUCCUUAAAAAAAGAAGGUUUCUUGCUGUACCAAAGAAUCAUGCUGCAAUCAGAAAUAAAUGAAGUUCAUCUCAGACUGGUCUUAGUGUGAACUAACAUAACUGAUAUUGUAGGUUUCCUUGGUUGAUGAAAAUAUACAAAACAAUUGGUAAAGCUCCAUAACUUUGUAUGACAUCCCCAGUAUUUCUGGAUAUGGGAAUGGUUUGCAAGAUGUUGCUGUGAUGUUGCUCUCCAUAUGUUUUAUGGAAAUAUGCUAAUGAGUGUGAAUAUAAUGUAAUUGGAAUAUG